GGAGACUGAGAGCUGCGGCAGCGCCAUGUCCGCCAAGAACAUUUACUACUCGGACAAGUACGAUGAUGAACUAUACGAGUACCGGCACGUCAUGUUACCCAAGGAUAUAGCAAAGCGGGUGCCCAAGACCCAUCUCAUGUCAGAAUCGGAAUGGAGGAACCUGGGGGUGCAGCAGAGUCAGGGCUGGGUACACUACAUGAUCCAUGAGCCAGAACCACAUAUCUUGCUGUUCCGAAGGCUCCUGCCAAUCAAAAACCCUUAGCGGCGCCCCCUUGUGUACAUUACUGUCUCCUGCACCUUCCCGGCUGUGCCGUUCCUCUGGUUCCUCUCCGGCUGUCCCACUCGUAUCAUCAUGCACCGAGACACCGACCCCUCCUCCCUGGAAAAGUGACCCAGACCCCAGCAAGGCCCCCACUGAUGCCAAUGUGACUGUAUUUAUCAUUCCUGUCUGUAGGAGAAUGCCACUGUGUGGGGGGCCGGACAAGAAGUGUCCCCUAAUUGUGGCCCUGUGAUAGGGCCCGUCAUGUCUAUAUUUACAUGUUGUGUAUGUCCCUCUAUGACACUGCAACUUGUUGCUACAUUAGCACUCGCUUCAAUAAAGUGACUCUAUCUGC